AUGUCGACUGCGCCUGCAGAUCAUGCGCAGCUUGAUCCCCUUAGUCUCAAGCAGACAUAUACCUCGUCUCAUUCUGGCGCAGACCUCCCUUCGCCGCAUAUCCCGCAGAUGAGUGGGAUCGCACACCCACGAUCCUCGGACCCCAUCACAGGUGGCGCGGGCACCCGGGUCGUGACCAAUAUCAACGCGGAGGAGAAGAAGAAGAAUGAGGGGGCCGUUAAGCCUAUGAAAACGCGGAGCUUGGACUAUGUUCUACGGAGCGGUCUAGCUGGAGGACUAGCAGGCUGUGCGGGCAAGACGGUAGUUGCACCCUUAGAUCGAGUCAAGAUUCUCUUUCAAGCCUCGAAUCCUCAGUUCGCCAAAUACACAGGCAGCUGGGCCGGAUUCGCAGCUGCGAUCCGAGACAUCAAGCGCGAUGAGGGCGCCCGCGGCCUGUUCAAGGGCCACUCCGCCACUCUUCUCCGUAUCUUCCCCUAUGCUGCUAUUAAAUUCCUUGCCUACGAACAAAUACGCGCUAUCGUGAUCCCCUCUCAUGACAAAGAAACCCCUAUUCGCCGCCUAGUCUCCGGCAGUAUGGCAGGCAUCACCUCAGUAUUCUUCACCUACCCAUUAGAAUUGAUUCGUGUACGGCUUGCGUUCGAGACGAAAGCGUCAUCACGGUCUUCAUUGUCAGAUAUUUGCCGGCAAAUAUACUUCGAGCACACCACCCCUCCAUCUACCGGCGCAGCAGCCGCAGGCAACCCUCCCUCAACGGCAUCCGCCGCCGCCGAGACAGUUUCUGCGACAGUGAACAAAGCCGUGCCCCGCUCCGGCAUCGCGAACUUUUAUCGCGGCUUUGGUCCAACAAUUCUCGGCAUGCUUCCCUACGCUGGUAUCUCUUUCCUCACACACGACACAGUUGGCGAUUGGUUGCGCCUCCCGGCUCUGUCUCAGUACACAACCAUCAAGGGCUCCGAGGCCAAAUAUUCCGUCCAAAACUCCAAGCGCCUUCAGCUGACUGCUGCAGCAGAACUUUUCUCUGGUGCAGUAGCCGGUCUUGUUUCCCAGACCGCUUCGUACCCAUUGGAAGUCAUCCGAAGAAGAAUGCAGGUCGGUGGCGCCGUUGGGGAUGGCCAUCGCCUUGGCUUUACGGAAACCGCCCGCAAGAUCUUCCUUGAAAGAGGUUUCCGAGGCUUUUUUGUCGGCUUAACUAUUGGGUAUAUGAAGAUCAUACCCAUGUCUGCUACGAGUUUCUUUGUGUACGAGCGCGUGAAGUGGUCGCUUGGCAUCUAG